AUGGCAUUAAUCGCGGACGACUGGAAGGAUUGCGCUAAUAGUGAUAUCGGUGUGCAUGUCUUUCAUGUAGGAGGACAAAUCGAGAUUUUGCAAAGCUGGUUAUCGAAGCUUACAAUCAGCGAGAUUGGAAAUAAAGAAGAAUCAAUUGUAACGGCAAUAAAUAAAAUCAUUCGAAAGCAUCAAAAAAUUAUCAAAUUUUCAGAAAAUAUCGAGGAUCUGUAUACAUACAUCUCUCUGAUCUUAUUUGCAGCGAAUACACUAUCAAUUUGUAUGUUAGGUUUUAUCAUUAUAACCGCAAUUGACUCUCCUGAUGCCGUCAACCUAAUUAUAAAAUGUCUUUUAUUUUUCACAACUACAAAUCUGGAAGCGUUUAUAUAUUGCUACGCUGGAGAAUAUUUAAGCAACAAGAGUAAAGCCAUCGGAUUGGCAACGUAUAAUUCUCCGUGGUACACCUUGAGACCUAAAGAUAGUCGUGUAUUAUUAUUUAUAAUAUUGAGAUCGCAAAAACAAUUAACACUUACAGCUGGCACCAUAAUAGAGCUCUCCUUCGUAUCUUUUACAAGCAUUAUGAAUGCUUCAGGAUCUUAUUUGUCAAUGUUGUUGGCGAUGCAAUGAACAUCGUAUUCACCUCAGCUUUUCAUCAAUAGUCAUACGCAUGUAUAGGUGA